AAAAAUGCGUUGUUGUUUUUUCGCUUGUAUUGCCUAUAUAUUGCUGUGGUGGUGGGGAUAAAAAAAUUGCACUGAGAUUUAUUUGGGGUGAAAUAAUGAUAUAUAUUGAGAUAAUAAAUUAACCCAAAAAAUUCUCAGUGAGAAAUUAGGUAUAAUUAACCUUUCCGUAAUUCUCUUUGUUAUUUACAUUUUAAAUGUUACUAACGAGGCCACACUAACAAUGGAUUUCAUCCACCCAUUUCAUUUGUCUAUGUGACACACCAUCAGAAGGUUACACCUUCAAUUUGUAAACAUGAAGCAGGAAAUGGAGAAGAGAAAGGGAGGUAGAAUUGAAGAAAGUGAUGAAGAGAAAUGGGUCCAUGAUGCAUCUGUGGAUUACAAGGGAAGAAUCCCUCUCCGUGCUUCCACGGGUGUAUGGAAAGCUUCGCUUUUUGUCCUUGCAAUUGAAUUUAGUGAAAGGAUAGCCCACUUUGGGAUAUCCAGUAAUCUUAUCAUGUAUCUGACUGAAGUGAUGCAUGAAGACCUAAAGACAGCAACCAAUAAUGCAAACUUGUGGAAAGGAGCAACAACCUUGUUGCCUAUGAUUGGGGGAUUUCUUGGUGAUGCCUACACCGGUCGAUUUCGUAUGGUAGUCUUUUCUUCCCUCGUAUACUUCAAGGGAUUAAGCCUCUUGACCAUGUCUCAAUUCAUUCCAAAUCUAAAACCAUGCAACAAUGAUAUAUGUCAUCAGCCAAGAAAGGUUCAUGAAGUGGUUUUCUUCCUUGCUCUUUACUGUAUCGCCUUGGGAACUGGAGGAUUCAAACCAUGCUUAGAAAGUUUUGGAGGUGAUCAAUUUGAUGGUGACAACCUUGAAGAACGAAAGAAGAAGAUGUCUUUCUUCAACUGGUGGACCUUUACAUUCAGCAUUGCUUUGUUGUUAGCGACAACGGUGGUUGUUUAUGUUCAGGACUUCGUUAGCUGGGGAGUUGCUUAUCUCAUCCUCGCUAUGUUCAUGGCUCUCACUAUCAUUGCUUUCUAUGUGGGGAUACCUUUUUACAGGUACAGAAUGAGGCCAAACGCAAAUCCUUUCAUACCAAUUCUACAAGUCCUAAUUGCAUCCAUAAGGAAAAGGAAUUUGUCUUGUCCUUCAAAUCCUGCUUUAUUAUGUGAAGUCCCAAUGUCAGAGAAUUCCCAAGGAAGGCUUCUAAACCAUACUAGCAGGCUCAGGUUUCUUGACAAGGCUGCAAUAGUUGAAGAAAAGUAUAUUGAGAAGAAAGCUGGCCCAUGGAGAUUAGCAACAGUGACAAGAGUGGAGGAGACAAAGCUUAUUCUAAACGUUGUUCCGAUAUGGCUAACUUCAUUAAUGAUUGGUGUAUGCAUAGCACAAGGUUCGACACUCUUUGUCAAACAAGCAGCUGCUAUGAACUUAAAGAUAAGCGACAACUUCAAAAUUCCACCAGCUUCCAUGGCGUCCCUUUCAGCCUUUGGCACCAUAAUAUCUGUCCCAAUAUAUGAUAGAAUUAUUGUUCCAAUUCUAAGGAAAGUCAGAGGUAACGAAAGAGGCAUCAGCAUCCUUGGGAGGAUUGGCAUUGGCUUAAUAUUCUUAGUCAUACUCAUGGUUGUUGCUGCCUUAGUAGAAAAUAUGAGAUUAAGAAUGCCUGGUCAUGAGACAAUGAGUGUGAUGUGGUUGAUACCCCAAUACUUGAUCCUUGGCAUUGGAAAUUCAUUUUAUCUAAUUGCUUUGCAAGAGUAUUUCUAUGAUGAAGUUCCUGACUCAAUGAGAAGCGUAGGAAUGGCUUUGUAUCUUAGUGUGAUUGGAAUAGGAUUCUUCUUAAGCAGCUUUCUAAUAAUAAUUGUGGACCAUGUCACAGGGAAGAAUGGCAAAGGUUGGAUUGCCAAGGAUGUAAACUCAAGUCGUCUAGAUAAGUUUUAUUGGAUGUUGGCUGUCAUAAGGGUGCGAUGUAUGGAUGGAAAGAAAUGGGUGCAUGAUGCAUCUGUGGAUUAUAAGGGCAGAGUUCCUCUCCGUGCUUCCACAGGUGUAUGGAAAGCGUCGCUUUUUGUCCUUGCAAUUGAAUUUAGUGAAAGGAUAUGCCACUUUGGGAUAGCCACUAAUCUUAUCAUGUACCUGACUAAAGUAAUGCAUGAAGAUCUCAAAACAGCGACCAAGAAUGUAAACUACUGGGUAGGAGCAACAACUUUGAUGCCUCUAAUUGGAGGAUUUGUUGCUGAUGCCUACACUGGUCGAUUUCGUAUGGUCCUCUUUUCUUCCCUCUUAUACCUCAAGGGAUUAAGCCUCUUGACCAUGUCUCAAUUCAUUCCAAGUCUAAAACCAUGCAACAAUGAGAUAUGCCAUUGGCCAAGGAAGGUUCAUGAAGUGGUUUUCUUCCUUGCCCUUUACUGUGUCGCCUUGGGAACUGGAGGAUUCAAACCGUGCUUACAAAGCUUUGGAGCAGAUCAAUUUGAUGAUGACCACCUUGAAGAAAGGAAGAAGAAGAUGUCAUUCUUCAACUGGUGGAAUUUUACACUUUGCAUGGCAAUGCUGCUUGGGGCAACAGUGAUUGUUUAUGUUCAAGACUUUGUCAGCUGGGGAGUAUCUUAUCUCAUCCUCAGCAUGUUCAUGGCUCUCACUAUCAUUGCUUUCUAUGAGGGGAAGCGUUUUUACAGGUACAGGAGCACAGAAGGUAACCCUUUCAUGCUAAUUCUACAAGUACUAAUUGCAGCAAUAAGGAAAAGCAACUUGUCCUGUCCUUCAAAUCCCGAUUCAUUGUAUGAAUUCCCAAAGUCAGAGAAGUCACAAGGAAGGCUUCUAAGCCAUACUUGCAGGCUCAGGUUUCUUGACAAGGCGGAAAUAGUUGAAGGGAAGUAUACUGAGCAUAGAGACCAGAAUCCAUGGAGAUUAGCAACAGUGACAAGAGUGGAGGAGACAAAGCUUAUUCUGAAUGUUAUUCCCAUAUGGCUAACUUCAUUAAUAAUUGGUGUAUGUAUAGCGCAAGGCUCGACACUCUUUGUCAAUCAAGCAGCUGCUAUGAACUUAAAGAUAAGCAACAGCUUCAAAAUCCCACCAGCUUCCAUGACAUCUGUUUCAGCUAUUAGCCCAAUAAUAGCUAUCCCAAUAUAUGAUAAGAUUAUAGUUCCAAUUAUGAGGAAAGUCAAAGGUAACGAAAGGGGCAUCAGCGUCCUUUGGAGGGUUGGCAUUGGCUUAGCAUUCUUAGUCAUAGCCAUGGUGGUUGCUGCCUUAGUAGAAACAAAGAGAUUAAGAAUGGUUGAACAUGAUGAAGUGAUAACAGUAGGGGGGACUAGGCAUGAGACAAUGAGUGUGUUGUGGUUGAUACCCCAAUACUUGAUCCUUGGAAUUGGAGCAGAUUCAUUGUCUCUAAUUGGUUUGCAAGAGUAUUUCUAUGACCAAGUUCCUGACUCAGUGAGAAGCUUAGGAGUGGGUUUGUAUCUUAGUGUGGUUGGAGUAGGAUUCUUCUUAAGCAGUUUUCUGAUCAUCACUGUGGAUCAUGUCACGGGGAAGAAUGGAAAAAGUUGGAUUGCGAAGGAUAUAAAUUCAAGUCGUCUAGAUAAAUUUUAUUGGAUGUUGGCUGUCAUAAAUGCUUUCAAUUUGUGUUUCUUUCUAUUCUUGGCAAAGGGGUACACUUAUAAAACCGUGCAAAGGAAAACUAGGGAAAAUUGUAGUGAUGGGGUGGAGACAAUGGAAUCAUGAGAGGGAAAAAGGUGUACCUCACUUGCUAUAUUUUCUACUGAUUCAUAGUUGUUCCCCUUAUAUUUAC